AUGGCGAUCUUGGACAGACUCCGUCAUCUUGUUGGCGACAAAGGGCCUCGCGCUAUGCAGGAGGAUCCUAUGGGAGACUGUUCCAACACAAGCCCCAGAGAUAAUAAGGAAGCCGAAACAGGUACAGUUGAUGCAUCAGCUACAGGCAAAAGCAAUGAAGACAUCCCAGCUGAGGAUGCUCAAAUGGGGGUCAAAAAGAUUGAGGCCGUGACUUUGGCCUGGUCAAAGAAAGCGCUGGCAACGAUCCUGAUCCUCAUCUGGCUCCUGACCCUGGUCAACAAUUUCAAAUCCACUAUUGUUCUGAGCUUAACUCCCUUUGCCACAAGUGAUUGGUCGACACACUCCCUCCUAACGGUGAUCGGCAUUGUCUCCAAUACCAUGACAGCAGCGGUCUAUAUCCCGAUGGCAAAGAUGUUGGAUGUCUGGGGCCGUGCUGAAGGAUUCCUUCUCAUGCUCUGCCUGUGUACUCUUGGGGUGGUUCUUAUGGCUGCGUCGGAAAAUCUUUCGACCUACUGCGCUGCUCAGGUCUUUUACUCCGUCGGCUUUGGAGGACUCGCCUACAGUUGGAGUGUGCUCGCCACGGACGUGACGAACCUCAGGAAUCGAGGGUUGGCAUUCGCAUUCACAUCCUCUCCCGCAGUGAUCACAGCAUUUGCUGGGUCAAAAGCUGCCGAGGGCUUCUACAACAAUGUCAGUUGGCAAUGGGGUAUUGGCUGCUGGGCCAUAAUUUUCCCCUGCGUCGGCGUGCCAUUGUACUUGAUUUUGAGGCAAAAUCUGCACAAGGCCGAGAAAAGGGGGCUCAUCGUCCGGGAGAAAAGCGGCCGGACCUGGUCAGAGCAGGCCUUGUAUGUCUUGAAAGAAUUUGACUUGCCAGGUGUGGUCCUGUUCGCCAGUGGUCUGACGGUGUUCCUCUUGCCAUUCACGCUGGCCUCUCAUGCACGCAAUGGUUGGAAUACCGACUACAUUAUUGCAAUGAUCAUCACAGGGUUUGUCAUACUGGUCAUGUUCGUCGUGUACCAAAUUUACCUGGCGCCCAAACCAUUCCUCAAGUCUCGCUUCCUACUGGACCGGACCGUCUUGGGGGCGUGUCUACUGAACAUGACCUAUCAAAUUUCCUACUAUUGCUACGCUAGCUACCUCACGUCUUUUCUCAUGGUGGUUUACAAUUUGACUCUGUCUGAGGCCGGAUAUGUCGCCAACACGUUCAGCGCGGUCGCAUUUGUCUUUCUUUUCAUCACCGGCUACAUCGUCCGAGUUACCGGCAAAUUCAAAUUCAUCCUCUGGUUCUGCGUACCGCUGUACAUCUUCGCCGUUGGCCUGAUGAUCCACUUCCGAGAACCCAACGGAUAUAUUGGCUACAUAGUUAUGUGCGAGAUCUUCUUCUCUGUCGCUGGUUGUGUCUUCAUCCUUCUCUGCCAGCUCGCCGUCCUCGCUACUGUUGAUCAUCAGUACGUUGCAGCGAUUUUGUCACUGUUGUUUGUAUGCGGUACCGCCGGUGGCGCAAUUGGGGAUACGGUUUCGGGAACCAUAUGGACCAACACGUUCAAGAAGGCACUCGAGCGCAACCUGCCUAGAUCCGAGUUGCCGAACCUGAACUCUAUAUACGGCAGCCUGACAGUUCAACUCAGCUACCCGCCGGGAACUCCAGAGCGCCUUGCGAUCCAGCUUUCGUACGGUUAUGCUCAGGUACGCAUGCUCGCUGCGGCUUGCUCCAUCAUGGCUUUGGGUUUCAUAUGGGUGGCUAUGAUCAGGGAUAUAAAUGUCAAGAAGAUGACGCAGACCAAGGGUAACGUGUUGUAA